ACUAUUUGUGUUUCUGCUUGGGAGUAUAUGCAUAGGUUAAGGGGGGCAUGGGAGCUGAAGCCAUCCAGAUCUGUUGACAGGGCCAAAAGUCAGGAGUACUUAGUAAAAUAUGUACUCCCGGCUAUUAAGGAAGCAGCAAGGGGUGGUUGGGACAUUAGGAUGGUAUUUCAACCACCUAAUUCACCCGACACAAACAUAUUAGAUCUUGGAUGGUUUGCGUCCAUUCAAGCAAUGUUCCAUAGGAAGAUGCCAAAGACCCUCCAUGAGAUUGUCCAAAAGGUUCAGGAAUCCCUUGCCCAGUAUCCCCAUCAAAAGCUCAAUAGGAUCUGGUUGAGUCACCAAGCGUGCAUGAGGGAGAUAAUCAAGCACAAGGGCUCUAUCCACUUCGCUUUGCCUCAUAUGAGAGACAAGGUCUUCUUCCGGUUCGUUUGA